AUGUUGAUCAAACAAUUUUUUUCUUAUCGUUCAUUUUCAAUAAGUACAUAUCAUUAUACAAAAUCAUGGAUGACUAGACAUGUCUCUGAUCCAUAUGUUCGUCGAUCAGUUAAAGAAAAUUAUCGAGCACGAAGUGCUUUUAAAUUAAUUGAAAUGAAUAAUACAUAUAAAUUUUUAGAACCUGGUCAUAUUGUUAUUGAUAUGGGUGCAGCACCUGGUGCAUGGUCACAAGUACUUGUUAAAGGAGUUAAUGCUCGUAUUAAUAAAGGAAAAAAAUCACAACAACAACAACAACAAAAUGAAUUAGUACAUCCAAGUGAAAUAACAUCAUUAUAUAAACCAAAUCCAGAUUUAAAAUGUGGAAUAGUUAUUGCACUUGAUCGUGAUCCAAUUUUUGAUAUACCCGGUGUACAUAUUAUUGAUGAUUGGAAUUUAACAGAAGAAACAAAUAAUGAUUGUAAUAGAAGAUUACAAGAUUUAUUAAAUCGUUUAAAAAUUGAUAAAGUUGAUGGAAUUCUUUCUGAUAUGUGUCCAAAUGUUACUGGAUGUAAAGAAAUUGAUCAUUCAGCUAUAGUGGUACUUCAACGACAAGCUCUUGACUUUGCUCGUCGAUUAUUAAAAACAAAUGGUUAUUUUCUUUGUAAAUUAUUUCAAGGACAAGAAACAUUUCAAGAAAUGCGUAUAUUACUUGAAUCACUUUUUCAUAUUGUUCAUCUUGUAAAACCAAGUGCAUCACGUUAUCAAUCACCAGAAAUGUAUUUAUUAGCAAUGAAAUAUCAUGGUGAUACAUCUAAUAUAUCUACAAAUGUGGAUAAUAAUAAUCAAAGAAUAGAAACAAAUCGAAAUGAGAUUGAAAAACUUCUAGUUGAAGCUCGUCGUAUACGAAUGAAGAAAAUCGAUAAAUAG